CAAGGACAUGGAUGUCAAACAGAAAAAAGACCUGUAAUAAACCUUUGAAGCAGCGAGAGUUUCGGUGGGAGAAAAUAACGAAACACAGAAGAAAAAUGGAAAAUUUUCUGAUUUAAAGAAGAAGGAAAGAGGUUUUCUUGUUUUUUUGGUUUCAAAAUGAUAGGAUGGCUUAAACAGCUAGGAAAUGCUUUUGGCGCUUCAUUUCUAUGGCUUAUUUGCUUGAUUUACUUCACUCAGGGGUUCAGAUCCUUUGUAUGGACGGCUGUUUCCUACCACCUAAAAGACAGGCUUAAGUUGUCACCCUCGGCGUCCCAAUUUGUAUCUUCAGUAGCAUUUUUCCCAUGGAGCAUAAAACCAUUAUAUGGAAUUUUGUCAGACUGCAUCCCGAUCAAGGGAAGAAAAAGGAUACCAUACCUAAUAAUUGCGACUGUUCUCUCUCUAGUGCCAUGGCCUGCUCUAGGCUUAAAUGCAUUCUUGAGAAGUUCCAGAUGGCACCUCAUUGUCUUCUUGACAGUGCAAAACUUGGGCUCUGCCAUGGCAGAUGUGGUGGUGGAUGCAAUGAUUGCUGAGGCCGUAAGGUUUGGGAGGGCCUCAUAUGCAGGAGAUCUCCAGUCGAUAUCUUGGUUAUCCAUGGCUUUGGGUGGAAUAUGUGGCAGUUUGUUAGGAGGAUAUGCAUUAACCAACAUACAGAUAGAAACAAUUUUCCUUCUUUUUUCAGUGCUGCCAGCCAUACAGUUAUUAUCAUGUGUUUUGGUUAGGGAGAAUUAUGUAGGCAGUAAAGUUUUGCCAGAGUUUGCUAGUUCUGUAAGCAGUUCCCAUCUAGUGAAUGGGAAUGAUAUUAUUUUGGAUGAAGAUAGUUUCUUAGCAAGGAAGUCAAAUAGGAGUGCAUCAAGAAGAAAGAAGAGCCAAAAGCAUAACGCAAAAAGGACAGCUAUUAGUACUAAAUCUCGGAUACCUGAGAAGCACAAUUACUUAACAUUGGAUUGGUUACACUCUCUAAAAGCAGCCACUUACAGUUUGAUAGACGCUUUUAGGCAGCCAAUCAUUGUGAGACCCAUGACUUGGUUUUUCCUAGCACACGUCACUGUUCCAAACCUAUCAACAGUCAUGUUCUACUACCAGACUGAAUCCCUGAACUUAGAUGCAUCUUUUUUGGGGACUGCACGUGUUGUUGGAUGGUUGGGCCUUAUGCUUGGGACCUUCACUUACAAUCGCUAUCUGAAGACCAUGAAGCUGCGGAAGAUUCUCUUGUCAGCUCAUAUUGGGUUGUCUUUUAUGAGCCUCCUAGAUAUGAUCUUGGUAUCUCGAAUCAGUCUUGCCUAUGGAAUUUCAGAUAAGAUCACGGUGCUUUGUGGAUCUGCCCUUGCUGAUGCAAUUAAUCAAUUCAAGUUCAUGCCAUUCCUUAUUUUAUCCGGACGGUUAUGCCCUCCAGGAAUUGAAGGAACUUUAUUUGCCCUCUUUAUGUCAAUAAACAACUUGGGUUCAACGCUGGGAUCAUUCACAGGUGCUGCACUAGCUUCAUUUUUGAACCUCUCAUCAGGCUCUUUUGACAACCUACUAUUGGGCAUUGCCAUCCAAGUCUUCUGCACUUAUAUUCCAGUUGCCCUUCUAGUUUUGAUACCAAAAGAUGCUACAGGGAUAUCAACAUAGUCAGGGAUUCAUUCUCAAUAUAGAAUCCAAAUGCAAUUAUGUAGCGACAGAAAAUGAUCAGAACUUUUUUACACUGAAUUUUUUUGUCACGGCUGAUUAGCGGCUGAAAUACACGGUUGUUCACUCUGAAAUCAGAAGAUAUAGCUAAUUUGAUUUAUACUUCUCAAUGUAGAUCAUUGGCUACAGCAUAUACAAUGUGUAAGACAUUGGUUCUAUUUGAAAUACAAAUUUUGUUACAGUUAGACCAAA